GUCGCGUGAUUUCUCGCGAGAAUAAACUGAGGGGCGGAGUCAUAAUUUCAUCGCAGAUCUUUCGCUGGUUGGGAGCUGGAAGUGGACAAGAAACAAAGUUGACCAGUGUGGGUGUCCUUAGUAAGUCCCAGCCCAGAGAUGUCGACCACCAUCAGAUUUGGAACCAGCUCAGGUCCAUGCAGGACUUCUAAUGGUGCUGAGAGAGCGCAGCUGCCAGAGGAAUUUGAUGAAAAAGGAAACAGUGACCCAGAUAAACUUCUGCAGUGCCCUUUUGACAAGAACCACCAGAUCCGGUCUUGCCGCUUCCCUUACCACCUUAUCAAGUGCAAGAAGAAUCAUCCCAAACUGGCCAGUGAGCUGAAAACCUGCCCUUUUAACGCUCGCCACCUGGUUCCUAAGCAUGAGCUGACACACCACACUGAGACCUGUGAGGACAGAAUAUCUGUGUACUCAGAGGAUGGUGGAAGCACAAAUGGACAUUGUAAAUGGCAGGUUCCAGUCAGUACCUGGGUAAACCCAAACAUGACUGAGGAUUGGGACAAAGAGGCUGAUGAUGAUGCUACUCCGUUUGUGUGGGGUUUAAACACAGCUUUGAAUCAACAACCGGAGAAGAAGCACACCAACAAACUUGGUACAAGUUUUAGAGCACCCAAUAGCCUCCCAUGGUUGGGAUUUGAGUCAUAAUUGCUUGCGUAUAUCCAAAUAGAAGCCUCAUAUAGGCUUAUUGUGUGUUUGCAUAAAUAUCUUUUUUAAAUUUGUUCUUAAAGUCUUUGCCCACUUUGUUUUUAAUUUGCACGACUGUAUCUCAAUUCCCCCCACUGGAUAUAGGUUGCAGAGAUUUUCUUUUUGGUUUCAUGAUGUGGUAAAUAAAAUAACCCAAAUUCAGCAUAUGGAGACAUUUGAGUGGCAUGUACACAAUUAACGCCUCUUUUUUCCCCCCCUGUAUUGUCUUGCAUUUAUCCCUGCUACAGUAACACAUGGCACUGGUUGAAAAUAAUGUGCUUGUUAUAUUAAAGGUGUUUUUGAAAUCA